CAGGCACAGGCGGUGGAGACAGCUGUUACAGAGGGAGAGAGGCUGGGGAUUGACAAUGUCUGUGGGUCAGACAGGAGACAGAAUGAAACCAGGGCAGAUGGGAUCUAAUGGAGGUGGAUCUGCAUCUUUCGGACAGCAUAAGUACACUGCAGAGGAAUAUCAAGCCAUACAGAAUGCUUUACGUCAGAAGCUUGGACCAGAAUACAUUAGCAGCAGACAAGCAGGAGGAGGUCAGAAGGUUUGUUACAUUGAAGGACACAGGGUGAUCAGUUUGGCCAAUGAAAUGUUUGGAUACAAUGGAUGGUCCCAUUCUGUAACUCAGCAAAAUGUUGAUUUUGUGGACUUGAGUAAUGGCAAGUUUUACGUCGGAGUGUGUGCUUUUGUUAAAGUCCAGCUAAAGGAUGGCUCUUAUCAUGAAGAUGUUGGGUAUGGUGUCAGUGAAGGGCUGAAGUCUAAAGCUCUUUCUUUAGAGAAAGCACGGAAGGAGGCUGUAACAGACGGGCUGAAGAGAGCACUCAAGUGCUUUGGAAAUGUUCUUGGAAACUGUAUAAUGGACAAGGAUUACUUACGUGCUGUGAAUAAACUUCCAAAACUGCCUCAAGGUGAGCUGGAUUUGGCUCAAACAAAGCGUAAGGACUAUGAUGUUACACUUGAAAAGGCACGGUAUAAUAGUUUCCUUCAAGAACAGAAAACUGUAGACAGAACACAUCAGGAUCCAGCAGCCCUGGAAAAUACCAGAGGCAGUGACCAGUCUCCUACCAAACUACAUCAAGAGGAUUAUACAAAGAUUCAUAGUGAAAACAACCUUAGUGGCUCCAGUUCUGGAUUUGGAUCAGCAGGUCUUGUAGUUCAGCCAGGGAUGGAUGCCACAUAUCAACGUAAACUGCGUCAAAAGCAGCUGCAGCAGCGAUUCCGUGAAGAGAUGGAGAAAAAGCAGUUACGGAAUUCGACGACCUCUGCAGACCUAGGACAAGGUGGAAUAUCUAAUGUUCAAAGGGUUCCCCCUGUAGGUCACAGCACCCCAGCAUCAGUGCAGAACGUACCUACAACACUGGAUGAGUAUCUGGCAGAUGAUCCGGAGCUUUGGGACAUCCCAUUAGACUCUAUAGAAGUUGACAGUUUCUCCAAAGAAACUGUACACACAUCAGCUCCAACCUCCCUGUCCAGACCUGCAACCCCACUAGGACACCAUCAGAUGCUGACACGGAGCAAAACACCCCAGAGACCAAACAAUGAGCGUCAGCCCAUGAGAACGAUGGCAUGGAACCAAACACUAGGGAACACAACUGGACAGCACCGAACAGAUAAAAGCCCGCAGCAUUACAACCAGGGUAUUUACAUGAAGAAGAGGAAGCUUGACCCAUCAUGACUGAAAUCUUCACUGCGGUUCUGUUCAUCACACUCCUGUUAUCCAUGGUCUUGGGCUCUCCUAUGGAGCAAUGCUGCUGUUCACUGCUAACCUCUUACAGUAAUAUGGAUUGUUGAAUUCUACAUAUGAGGAACUUGUGCUGUCUUGCAGAAGAACUGAGAUUUCUCACAUAAAGGAUUGUGAUGGAUGUUCAAAUGUUUUUUAUUAAAUUGUUUUUAAUAUGAACAUCUUAUUAUCGUUUAAUAAAACAUAUGCCAUAUUUUAUUUAGAGGGCUUCUGUCACCAGAUUUAUAGCCGUAACACAAUACAUGAGGCAUUUGCGCUGGUCAGCAGAUGCUUAAUGUAUUGGUCCCACCCUCAUCUGUGCCAGAAUUUAGGCAAAACAUUGUUUUAAUUUAUGUAAAUGAUCCUGUAGGAGCAACAGGGCUGUUACGCAUAUUGGUUCAACGCUCUUUGUGAUUGCUGUGCCGUCUGCACUCUGAUUAACCGGGCCCUGACAUGAUGACGAUUUUACUGCCUGCGGUAUGAGUAGAGCCUCUAGGUGUAACUGUAAUGCCCCCGUUGCUCCCCGUUUGCUGAAACUCAGGCACAUAUGAACAUGGGAUCAACACAGAUGCCUUCAGCUGCCAAACGCACAUGUAAGGCUACAUGCACACAACAGUGAAAAAUGGACAUGUGAUGUACAAUUUUUUAACGCCCAUCACACAUCCGUUUUAAGACCAAUGGUAGUCUAUGGGUUUAUUCACACGGCAGGUUUUUUUUACGGUCAGUGAAUACCGGACAUAAAAAAAUAGAACAUAUUCUAUCUUGUCCGUUUUUCACUGACUGACCGCCCCCAUACACUUGAAUUGGUCAAUUUUUAACGUCCGUUUCUCAGUAAGGAAUCAGUGAAAAAAGAUGUAUGUAAAAAUGGACAGUAUAUUUGUUUUUAACUGAUGUUUUUGUCGUGUACAUGUAGCCUAACAGGUUAGCCUCUUUUACUUCUAUAAAUCUGGUGCCGGAAGCCCUUUAAAUAGUCACUUAACUUUGAUACCUUUUAUAUAUUUCUACAUAAAAUGUUUUGUGUCUUCUCUUAAUCUGUGUUAUGACCGUUAUUGAUAAUAAAAAAAAGGUGAACUGUAUUCGUGUCAUGUCUACACUGUAUAACGCUGAAAAAGUUUAAAGAGAACCUAUCACCAUUAAAGUGCAGAGUACUCUGCAGGUGGCAUGUUACAGAACAGGAGGAGCUGAGUAGGUUGGUAUAUACUUUAAGGCUACUUUCACACUAGUGUUUCUAUUUUCCGGUAUUGAGAUCCGUCAUAGGGUCUUAAUACUAGAAAGAAAAGCCCAUCACACAUCACACAUCCGUUUUAAGACCAAUGGUAGUCUAUGGGUUUAUUCACACGGCAGGUUUUUUUUACGGUCAGUGAAUAACGGACAUAAAAAAAUAGAACAUAUUCUAUCUUGUCCGUUUUUCACUGACUGACCGCCCCCAUACACUUGAAUUGGUCAAUUUUUAACGUCCGUUUCUCAGUAAGGAAUCAGUGAAAAAAGAUGUAUGUAAAAAUGGACAGUAUAUUUGUUUUUAACUGAUGUUUUUGUCGUGUACAUGUAGCCUAACAGGUUAGCCUCUUUUACUUCUAUAAAUCUGGUGCCGGAAGCCCUUUAAAUAGUCACUUAACUUUGAUACCUUUUAUAUAUUUCUACAUAAAAUGUUUUGUGUCUUCUCUUAAUCUGUGUUAUGACCGUUAUUGAUAAUAAAAAAAAAGGUGAACUGUA